ACGGACGGCGCCAGUCAAUGCCAGAGCGCGAAGCGGUCGCGUUGACAUCGGAGCUGCUCUCUAAUAAUACAUUGGAGAGAUACUUAUUUUUUUGCUUAUACGCGUAGUACUAAUUGUCGCGCCGUGCUACAAUUUUGUGAAAUCUAAAUGUAAAACCGAUGGAAACUGGAACAUCCAUCACUGGGGCUGUGUCAAUCAGAAAUCAGAAAUUGAAUCAAUCUUAAAUCGGCCGCUCGUAUCAUAUGGCUUGUGGAUCGGAGGGAACCGAACCUGACGAUCACAGCAAAAGUGAAACACGCGCUACAAGUGUGAGCAGGUGGAACGCAAAACAGAUCAGUUUCUUGAUGGCAUUGCAAGUGCUAUUCAUCGGCCACCACAUAUGCCUUUGAUAAGAACAUAAUUACCCUGUAACACACAUAUCAUAUUCCGAUAUGCCAUUGUUGUGGUCGUUAUGCCUGUUGUUAAUUAAGCCUUCACACAGUUAAGUGCACCACUUGAAAUGUACACAUGGGUAUUGGCCAUACAAAAAACCUCUUAAACACUCCCUUAUCGCCAGUCGGAUUCGGCCCCAAAGGGUAGACAAGAGUAAAAAGUGAUUUCUCCAGAUAACACAAGAAAGCGGGAAUGGUAGCCGGUAGACGGUAGCGGUAUCAGUAGAAGUAGAAGUUUCCCAGGCAACGGAGACGUCGUCGUCGUCGUCGUCGUCACUGUCGUUGAUAGCAGAGGCUACUCGUACGGCGAAGAGUAUAGGAAUACUCGUGAAUAAACUUUGCGAGCGACAGAGCUCGGAUCGGAGCUGUUGUCUCCUACCCACCUACAGAUCGCCCGAGCUCGAGCCCUUGGAUUUUUAAAGGAAGUCGAUCUUGUGACUUCAUCGUCGUGUGGUGCAACACAAAUGCAUUGUACAUUGUGCUAAUUGAACUUAAUGUAGAAAAGAGCCCAAGAAAUUUGCUUUUUUUCAAUUAAAUUCAAGUGACGAAUGCGACUCCAUCUCCAUGGCCAUUCACAAGUGACGAAUGUGAAUAAGUUCAAAAUUUAAAAGGUUCUCGUGCGUGGAAACUCAUUCGGAAUCGCCGCGGAAAACAUAAGAUAUAAACAAUGGCGAAAGUAAACAAAACGAAACCGAAUCACUGCUAAUCGCACCAUCGUCAACCUCCCGGAUUCACCACCCUGUCCGUACACAUUCCAAUGCGUCCUCUUUGUAUCUGAAUAUGGGUCAUCAUCAGCAUCAGCAUCGUGGUGAACAGAGCCCCAUGGUCGAAGGAGAUAUGGAAGAGGGUCUUGGCUACACCCACACGCUGAUGUAUGGCCGUUAUACCAAAGAUCUAGGAGAAUUUGCUAAGGAUGAAGCCAGGAAGCUCAAGUUACUCGAAAAGCGACGAAAGCAGGAAGACAAACAGCGGAAUAAGGAACUGCUGGGAACACAAUCGACAAGAGUGAAACAUAUAUCGUCAUGGAUCUGGAGGCAUACGGUGGCACGACUGGGCGAGGACUGGGUCUUCUUAGCGCUACUGGGUAUCAUCAUGGCCCUGCUCUCAUUUAUCAUGGACAAAGGCAUAUCUAUAUGUACAAACGCGCGUAUCUGGCUCUAUCGCGAUCUGACGUCACAUCCAUUCGUGCAAUAUAUAUCUUGGGUUUCAUUGCCGGUCUGUUUGAUAUUGUUUUCUGCCGGCUUUGUGCACCUCAUCGCUCCGCAAAGUAUAGGUUCCGGUAUACCUGAAAUGAAGACCAUACUGCGUGGCGUUCAAUUGAAAGAGUAUCUCACAUUUAAGACAUUAGUGGCCAAGGUAAUUGGUUUAACGGCAACUCUGGGCAGCGGUAUGCCAUUAGGAAAGGAAGGCCCUUUCGUACAUAUAGCAAGUAUUGUAGCACAAUUAUUAAGUAAACUUGUCACAUCAUUCCAAGGCAUCUAUGAGAAUGAGUCGAGAAACUCUGAAAUGCUAGCGGCUGCAUGUGCCGUCGGUGUGGGUGCAUGCUUUGCGGCACCCGUUGGCGGUGUCCUCUUUAGCAUUGAGGUUACCACCACGUACUUUGCAGUGCGCAACUAUUGGCGUGGCUUCUUUGCUGCCGUGUGUGGUGCCACGGUUUUCCGACUGCUGGCGGUGUGGUUCCAAAAUGCCGACACUGUGCGGGCACUGUUCUUGACCAACUUCACCACCGAAUUCCCCUUCGAUCCCCAGGAGUUGUUUGUCUUCGCCUUGAUUGGUCUGGUGUGCGGCUUGGGUGGCGCAUCCUACGUCUGGGUCCAUCGACGCUAUGUCCUCUUUAUGCGCUCGAAUAAGCGCAUGAACAAGUUCCUGCAGAAAAAUCGGUUCCUGUACCCUGGAUUCCUGGCAUUGCUGGUUUCCAGCAUAUCGUUUCCCCUGGGCACCGGCCAGUUUCUGGGUGGAGAGCUCAGUACCCACGAGCAGGUCACCCAACUGUUCAGCAAUUUCACUUGGUCCCGCGAUGAUCUGACUGUGGAACAGGCGGCAGUUGUCACCCACUGGAUGACCAGCUACACCAGUGUGUUUGGCAAUCUCGUCAUUUAUACCCUUUUCACGUUUAUCUUCUCGAUUGUGGCCUCCACGAUACCGGUUCCGUCGGGCAUGUUUAUUCCGGUUUUCAAGAUCGGAGCGGGCUUUGGUCGUCUGGUGGGGGAGUUUAUGGCGGUGACAUUUCCCCACGGAGUACGCUACGGCGGACGUCUGUCCCCAAUUAUGCCCGGGGGAUACGCCGUUGUGGGGGCCGCUGCCUUCUCUGGCUCCGUGACCCAUACGGUGUCUGUGGCGGUGAUUAUAUUCGAGAUGACUGGCCAGAUCACCCAUGUGGUGCCUGUGAUGAUUGCCGUACUGGUGGCCAACGCAGUGGCAGCACUGCUCCAACCCUCCAUAUACGACAGUAUUAUAUUGAUUAAGAAGCUUCCGUACCUUCCCGAUCUUCUGCCCUCGAGCUCCGGCAUGUACAGCAUAUUUGUGGAGGACUUCAUGGUGCGGGACGUGAAGUAUAUCUGGCACGGCAUCUCCUACCAGAAGCUCAAAGAAGUCCUCAAGACCAACAAGACCCUGAGGUCGCUGCCAUUGGUCGACAGUCCCGACAACAUGAUCCUGCUGGGGUCCGUGCAACGCUACGAGCUGAUCAAAAUGAUUGAGAAGCAUAUUGGCAGAGAGAAGCGCAUGGAGGUGGCACAAAAAUGGCAGAAGGAGGCCGAGGAGCGGGCCCUGGAGGAGGAAAAGAAGAAGCAAGAGGUUGAGCUUCGAAUGCGCCGUCCCUCGCGAUUUGAAGUUCUCCCAGCUCCGGAUAUCCUAAGCUUGCGACAGAUUGCCAACGAUGAAAUGCUUCCGCCCAAGAAACGUGCCGAAACUAUGCACAGUUCGCUCACGCCCAGGAAAUCCAUCCUGAAGAAGACAAACUCCUUUAAUCUCAAGACCUAUGCCCCCGCUGGCCUGCACCACAGUCCGAGCAUCACGCCGUACACCACGAUAACCGGCAACUCCGAGUUCCGCAUCCGUUCCGCAUUCGAGGCCAUCUUCAAGAAGUCCACCACGCUCCAAGAUGUCCAGCCCGACGCCGAAACGGGCUCUCUCUCUCUCUCCCCGGCUGCCAGCAACAACGAGGUCGAAGCACAGCAGCGAACUGCGACGCCCAGCACGCCUGGUGUAUCCAAAAAGGUUCAGCUGCAAGCACAAAAUAAUUGGAAUUUCGUGACAGAUCAAAUUAUGCUGCAAGUAAAUCCCAUCUCUACGGAUGUCUCUGCGGCACAAACGGCAAACAAUAUGCCGGCUGAGAAGGACACCAACGAAAUGUUGGUCGAAAAUGGGGAUAAUGGGGAUACAUUUAGCUCGAGUCGAACUCUUUGCAAAGAAGUUCUUGGCGAUCAGGGCAACAUUAAACACAACUCAAAUAAAGUUGCGGAUUCGGAUGCCAGAAUGCCGUUUGUAGUGCAGCUCUCUGCGGAGAAGGAUAUGCCGAGUGUGAAUAGCAAAGAAACCAAGAAAAAGGCAACAAGGAUUCGAUUUUAUGAUGAAAAUACGAACCAAUAUAAUGACACCGAAACGAUAAGACCUAACACAGGGGCUGAGACAAACAAGACCAGUCAAAAGACGAAGUCCGUGCAACUGCCAAGAGAGCGCGUUAUUGACAUGUCCCCCGAGGAUCAGAAGAAAUGGGAGCUCGAGGAAAUGCUGAAGGCCAUCGAUUUGCAGAAGGCAAAUGUGCACAUAGACCCAUCACCGUUUCAACUUGUGGAACGCACCUCAAUACUUAAGGUUCAUUCAUUAUUCUCGAUGGUGGGCAUCAAUCACGCAUACGUCACAAAGAUCGGAAGACUUGUGGGUGUUGUGGGACUUAAAGAGCUGCGAAAGGCCAUUGAAGACAUCAAUAGCAAUAGUUUUGUUGUUUCCACACGCGACGAAGAGGUAACCGAAGCCGAGACCAAGACUGCAGUGGAGAAGCCAUUGCUGCCGUUGAAUGCCAGUGACAAGGCUGUGGACAUGACAGUAACGUCAAUGGACUCGGCCUUGUCGAACUCUGAGAACUGUUCCGACAUCGAAAUGGAACACAUAAAGCAUAUGGAACUAAAGCGGCCAUCGGUGACUCUCACACAUGAGACAUCCGCACCGAAGGACACAAAUGCCACUGAAAAAAGCAAUCAUCAAGCUUGAAAACCUUUGAAGAGCUCUAAAAAUAUGCAAUACGUUUGUAAAGAUCAGUUAAUGUCUAUAAUAAGCGCAGUCGUCGAAAGUUAUUAUGUAUUUAUAUCUCGCUAGUUCAUAAAAUGACAAAGAUAUCGUGAUUUACGUUUAAGUUGAAAGGAAAUGGAGAGCCAGUA